AUGCUUACAGGAAACAAGCCGCAACCGGUCGCUCACGCUCAACCGUUGGCGCUGCCACCGCCGACGGCUGCGCCCGCGUCGACGGGCCCGCUGCACGCCGCGCCGCGCACCAUAGUCAUCCAGCGGCCCGACGCGAGGCACGGCUUCGGAUUCACGCUGCGACACUUAGUUGUGUACCCGCCGGAGUCGCUGCAGGAGUUAUACGAGGAUGCGCGUCACCUGGCCGUGGGCGCGGUCGGCGCGCCAAUGGACACGAUCUUCGUAAGGUCGGUGCGGCCGGGCGGGCCGGCGGCGGCGGCGGGGCUGCGCGCCGGCGACCGGGUGCUGGCCGUCAACGGCGAGCCCGUCGCUUGCGGCCGCUCUAGGGCGCCGUACGCCAGGGUGGUGCAGCUGGCGCAGAGGGAGCCCAGGACGCUCAAGCUUACAGUAGUGCCGAGGGACCACGACUUGUUGCAACGGUAUUUCAGCGAAGCCGCGUACAACCCAGAAUCGAACCAGCGGCAACUAGAGAUGCCGGCCCCGGUGACGGAGCACGAGUCGCGGCUGUUCGACGCAUACCGCAGGCCUAGGGCUGCGCUGCCGGCCCCCCAAGCGCCGGCCAGGCUGCGCGACGACCCCGAGUAUGCGACGGUGGCUUCGCUCGCGCCGACGAGGUUCGACGCGAGAUUGGCCGGACCGCAGCACUAUCUUUUGCAUGACAGCAGACGGGAAUCCGAUACGUCGUUGCCUUCGUCAGCUGCCGAGAGCAAAGAUAGCCUUGGCUCCUUCGAUUCGAAUUCAACGCUUACCGGCCGAGAACUCGACGACUCGAUCAUCUUAUCCCGAAUACGCAAAAGUCUCGAGCAAAAAGAGGCUUUUCUCCGACGACCGAGUCAGCCGACCGGUUGGGUCACCCCUGACGCUCCACCGCCGAUCAAGCAGAAGGAAUUCUAUGCUCGACCACAGAAACUACAGAAGCCAGCAUGGCCGCCACCUGCGGCGUCCCCUCCCCUCGCCGCCUCUCCCCCUCCCACACACCAGCAGAACCAGGAACAGAAGAAAGAGGAAUGCUCCGCGAGCGUAGACAGCGGAACAUACAGUGGCUACGGGGAGGUGAACGGAACACACAACGACCGAGGCAGGUUAAAACAGGACAAGAACCAGUUUGUGUCGACCCUAUCGAAGAUUCAAGAAACGGCGCCUAGUAUUCAGAGCAAUAAUGUUGGGACUGUCACAAAUGGAGACAAAGAAGACCCGAAUAAUCAGGAUAACAGAUACCCAGUACCAGAGCUGCAACUAGUGACGGCGAGGACUCGGCAACUAGAAGAAGCUCGUGGAGGUGGCGAGAGGCGCACAGAAGUGGCUCGCAGCGAGUUGGCGCGUCUCUCCACCACUCGCCUGGAGCCCAGCGUGGCGCUGCGACGCAAGGAGUUCGAGACGCGAGCGGCCAGACGCGAGGCCAGGUCGCUGGACGUGCAACCGCAACAUGAUGUGGACGAUGCGACACCCCUGGGCGGCAGUCUGUGCGGCAACCAGCUCAUGAUCACCGGCAGCAAGCACCUUCAUUGCCCACCUCCAGAAGGAUAUGUGCCCGAAACAGAAAAGGUUCAAAUGCGAACAAGGUCAAAUAGUACCGGUAGUGAAGGAUUACCCAUCAGAAGACAACAUGCCACAGAUGGCAGUCACGCGAAGAGGAGAAUGGGGCUGAACAGGGAGCAAAUGGAGGCCAUGAACCGUGUGUCGCUGCCCGGGGCGAGCGGGCCUGAGAGGCCCACGCAGCUGAGCCUGGCGCCGCCGUCGGCGUCGACCUCGCCAUCGCCCACGCCGAGUACACCCGCCGACUCAGGUUUUGCCGAUGACUUGGUCACGAGAAGACAGAAAAAGGAUGCCCAACUUGGUGCAGAAGAAGAAAGAGCAAUGCGAAGGGUGUCGUAUCUAAAAGCCACGUGGGGAGACCGGUUGCACCUCGACAGCGAUGUGGAGCCCGACGCAGACCACGCCCUCAGAAACGCGCACCGCAAGUGGCGCCCUCCACGGUUCACGGACGACAUAACGCCGCUCCUGCGUAUAUUCGACCCCCACGCGGUCCUCCCAGUGCGUUCAGAGAAGAAGGGAGAAGGGACAGUGGAGGCUGUGCCGGCCGAAGGAGACGUCCAGGGGAAUGUGCAAGUCAAGAUGGUGGUGAGCAAUGGGAAGCGAGCAAGUGACAGAUCGUGGAAGCAAGUGUGGGGGGUGCUCCACGGGACGAAACUGUAUCUGUACCGGCACCAUCCCAGUCAGGUAAGUCCUAGAUUAAUCUCUGCUACUACCAAGCGACUUCUACUCAAAAUUCACGCGGCGUGCUUAUCUGGUUCCAAUGGGCACUUCCCGGAGCCCGUAUGCGUCCGCGCACCUGGCCUGCGCACGCGCCGUGUGUGA